AUGUUAUUAUAUGCGCUAGCAGAAGCGGACCAAUAUGACUGCGUGGACAUAUACAAACAGCCUGCUUUUAAUCAUGUGUUAUUAAAGAAUCACAAGAUUCAGAUGAAUCCAAGUUCCUUUCCUGAAUUUAAGAGCAAUAGCCAAAUACCAUUAUCCACACAUUCAAUGUUUGGAGGGCAAAGUAAAGGUUGUCCAGCUGGAAAGGUUCCAAUCCAAAGAAACAAAGUUGAUUACGAGCAGACUGAUUUAAGAUCGCUCUCUAAAUUACAUCUUGGACUAUUUGGGAAAAAUAAUAUUCACCCGCUUACAAGUACAGAACUUGGCGCUCAUUAUGCAACGGUUCAAAGUACUGAGUCGAAUCCAAAUUACUUAUACACUGGAGCAAGCACAAUAAUAGACUUGCAAAAUCCAGAGGUAAAAAUGUUACAAAUUAGCAAGGCUCAAAUGUGGCUAGAAGAUGGACCACCAGCUGAACGUAACAGUAUACAAGUUGGAUGGGCAGCAGAUGCUUCAAAAAAUACUACUGGUUGUUACAAUACCAUGUGCCCAGGAUUUGUACAAGUACAUCCUAUCUACCAUCUUGGUCAACGUUAUCCUAAAAUAUCUAUUAGGGAUGGAAUACAAUAUAUAACUCAGCCUUUUGUAUUCAAGGAUAAAGCAACAGGUAAUUGGUGGUUAUCAUUUGAUAACAAUGUAACAAUCGGAUAUUGGCCAAAGGAGAUUUUUACUCACUUAGAUAAGGGAGCUUCAUUUCUUCAAUUUGGUGGAUGGACGUAUAAUUCUCCUGAUGGUUUGAGUCCACCAAUGGGGAGCGGCUUAUUUCCAGACAACCAUUACAAGAGAUCAUGCUUCUUUGCACAAUUGAAAGUUAUGGUUGGAGGUGGUCAAUUGAUUGAUAUGCAAGAAGCUGAUCUGGAUAUAUUUGUUGAUAAUACAGCUUGUUAUGAUGUCAAAACAUUUGGUUAUCAAGGUGGCGAACUUGGGGAGACGUUUACCUUUGGAGGACCUGGUGGUAAUUGUGGAAACUGA